AUGACAGUGGGUAACAGCACGGAUGACUAUGGCUGGGCUAUCGCCAUCCUCUGGGGUGUGCUUGCCUGCAUGAUGUGCUGCACUGGGAUACUCAUCUGGAGUGACUCGAGCAUGGAGACGAGACAGAGAACCUCCGAUGCUUUCGUCGGUGGCGUCCUGUUCUCAUUCAUGUGGCCGCUGCUGCUUUUGAACAAGUGCGGUGCGCGAUUUGCCAAGUUCUUUCUCCCCCCCAAGUCGGACGAAGUGGCCACCCACGAGCGCACCAUCGUCUUCGAAGGCAAGGUGCUCCCAGGCCGGGCGACUGUCUGCUCAUGGCCCGGGAAGUAUGCGUCCGCCUGGGACGCGCUGGUGGCCGGCGCCCCCAAGGAUGAACUGAGCGCUGCCGUGGUGUUUCUGCCCACCGGGUCGAAGGACUUCGGGCUCCAUGACCCCAUUCCUGCGAAGCAGGACUUGCAGGGCAAGUGUUGGUGCACUCCGCUCUACGGCGAGCGGAAGCCGUGGGGCUGCAGAUGGUGGUCCAAAUGGAUCGUGAACGUGGAGCUGGCCGUCGAACAGGGUGCCAUCCUUGAUGUGUAUUACUUUAAUGGCAAGAGAGGACAAGGCAAAGUGCAAGAUUUCACCACAGCUGGAAGAGAACAUCUCCGCCGCGAGGUGAUAUUCCGGCGCAAAGCCGACUUCCAGAAGUCCGACGAGUUCGGGAGUGCCCUGGCUGCUGGCCUCGAAAACCUGUCAAAGGAAGAAGGCCCAGACUCCUCCUCACCCUUCUCCCGCGAGCUGCACCGUCUCUUUCUGUCUUGGCUUCCUGAGAAAGACCGGCAGUUUCUGGAAGAGUCGGAAGGCUUAGGUCUCUCGCAAAAAGCGGAAGUGGCUUGGCUCGAAAGGAAGGGCUAUCCGUACACAGAGAAGGAGGCCGAGGAGCUCAUGGCGCGCUGCGGAGAGCUGACGCUGGAGGAGCGCAGCGCGUACAUUCUGAUGCAGCGGAUACUUCCUGGCCUGCAGGCAUCCGUCAUGACGCGAGAGGGCAAAGUUCAGGUCAUGAACUGCCUCUCGGAGUUCGGCUUCUACUCGGUGUACCUGGGAGAUGGCAGGAGCACUCAGCUCUCCGAGCAUGCGGGGCACCUGGUGCGCACCAAAGCGCAAGGUGUUGAUGAGGGCGGCGUCGCGGCAGGAUACGCGGCCCCAAAGCUGGGCCCGCAUCGCGGCUGGACGCUGGCAAUCGCCGGCCUCCUCGCCGCCUGGCUGGUGGCCUCGCUCGCGGCAUGCAAAACGCUGCUGCCACUCCGCGCCGCGCCAGGGUGUCUGCUGGGCGUCUGGAUGACCCUUCACUGCGACGUGGUCUUGAAGCACCUGGGCCGGAUGCUCCUGGUCCUGGUUCUGCCAGUGUGGCUGUGGCUGGCCGUGCUCCCCUUCUUGGAGGCAGCCUGGUGGGCCCCGUGCCUUCAUCUCCCUGGCGCCGCGGCCAGCGCCUAUGCCAUCCACCUCUCAGCCGGACAGGCCCAAGGCAAUGGCACGGAUGAGGCACCAGUGUCGGCUUGGGCAAGCGCUGGCCUGGCGGCAACCUGGCUGGCGUUGCCAUCCUCGCUGCCUCUCCGAUGGCCGACAGUCGCCUUCGCACUGCUGGGGGGAGUCCUCAGCUUCUUCAUCACGUUGAGGUCCGGCCACCCCACUGCCGACGUAUUCCUUAACGUCAAGUUGGUCAUCGGCCUGAGCUUCAGCUACACUCUGCCUGUACUUGCCGCCACUGGCUCUUCUGCCCUCUUUGUGGUGCUGGAGGUACUGGCCUGCUUUUGGACCCUAUGUCUUCUGAAUAUCCCACCCACAUCGGAUGAGUCUAAGCAAGACUGGGCUGUGCUGGGCUUCUGGGUCGUCUUGGGCCAUGGCCUUCCGGCGGCGGCCCUGUCCGCAUCCAGCCAGGCGGCCUGGACCUGCGCGAACUGGGCCUGGAUGUGCCAAGCUUGGCCCUGGCCUUUACUCUGUCUCCCUCUGCUACUGGGUGCUGCAUACCUUCUGCAGGAGUUCGUUGCACCUCUCUUGCGUGCACGGGGGUGUCGGGCAGCCCCAACAACCCUGGGCGACGUGCUGGCCCGGCUGCUGCUGCUGCUGGCGCUGGCUGCCGCGCCCGUCAUCCUCCAAGUCGACCUCGAAAGCGCUGCGCCCAAAAUCGAGAUGCCGGACAUCAACCCGGCCGUGUACGUCAAGCUCAAUCUGAGCGAGGCACAGAAAGUCAACAUCACAAAGCACGCGCUGCAAUGGCUGAGCAGGCCGCGCCCCAUGUGGCCAACGGCCGAGGAGUUGCGGCACCUGCCAGCCACGAGGACGGACUACUGGGCCACCUUCAUGCUCGCAAAGUUCUUGCUGGUGCUGGGCGCAUCGGCGCUCCUUCUUAGAAUCGGGCGCGCGCCCGCGCAGGCAGAGCCAGGUGCCCGGCACCACUACAGCCGCUUGCGGCAGGAUGAGGAGCAUGGGCAGGAUGAGGAGAGAGAGGAGUCGGGCCGCACGCUCUCAGACCACAGCUUGGACUUGCUGGCGUGGGUGCUGGUGCCCACCUGGCUGGCAAUCUGCACCAAGGUCUGCCUCUCUGCAGGACAGGGCGGGCAGCUCACUGGCGCAGGAAUGGCCUGGGAGGGCUACGACCUGCUCCUGACAGCAGGCCUGGCUUUCUUUCUGUUGCAGGCGAUAACCCUGCGCGCACAAAACUGCCGAAGAUAUGGCGCCGUCGAUGUGGCGGUGGCCAGCCUGCGCCUCUGGCCUUUCCUGGGGGACGCGUUCGACUCUCUGAAGGACGCAAUGCUUGCCUCGGUGGCCAUAUUUUCGGAGACCGGCUGGGUGCGGUGCGCAGGCUACAUCGCGCUGGCCUACCUCUGGGCGUUGCACAUGCUCAUCCUGCUGCCCCUGCGCGCCCAGCGGCUGGAGUUGGCCAGGGCAUACUUUCCGCUCUUCUUCGCCAAGCCAUCGAGACUUUGUCUUAGGGUUUAG